AAUGAGAGGCUCUGGCGAUCGUUUAAGAGACGGGUGUCAGGACUUGCACAGACGUACCAAGUCCUCCUCGUCCUUGCAUAAAGAUCCUCACCCUGUUAGUAUCUCAUCCAGCGCCGUACGAACAUGUUGCCCAAAACGCAGUUCACGCUCUACACCCACAAGGGCGGCCCCAACGGCUGGAAAGUCGCGAUGGUCAUGACCGAGCUCGGCCUCACGUACGAGAGCAUCUACCUCGACUUUGACAAGGGCGAGAUCAAAGCGCCCGCAUACACCAAGUACAACCCGAACGGGCGCAUCCCGACCAUCAUUGACCACAAGAACAACAACUUUGUCGUCUGGGAGUCGGACGCGAUCAUCACGUAUCUCGUCGAAAAGUACGACACCGCACACCGCAUCUCGGCCGUGACGCCCGAGGACAAGAUCCUUCAGCUCCAGUGGCUCUUCUUCCAGGCCUCCGGACAGGGCCCGUACUUUGGCCAGGCGAUCUGGUUCAAGGUGUACCACCCGGAGAAGGUGCCGAGCGCCGUCCAGCGGUACCAGAAGGAGGCGCUCCGCGUGAUCGGCGUGCUCGACGGCGUGCUGCAGAAGCAGGAGUGGCUCGUCGGCGGCAAAUGCUCCGUCGCGGAUAUGGCGUUCAUAACAUGGAACAAUGCUGCGCUCGGGAUGAUUAUCAACGACGUCGAGGGGCUCGACCUCGAGAAGGACUAUCCCGCAUUCCAUGCGUGGCAUCAGAAGCUCAUGGCGCGCCCGGCGAUCAAGAGCGUGUGGGAGCUCAGGGCGUCUCUACAGGGAUAGGCGAUCGGAAUCGUGCUUCGAUCCUAUCUGCUAGUGGAUACGAAAGGUCGAUCACUGAAUGAUACAUGUAGAGUCUUUGGAAACGAUGCUUGUUGGUUUUCGAUGUCGCCGAAGUUUAUCGCUAUGGAACGCGGUUCAUCGUCGGCCGCUCGUGCUCGCAGUGGGAUAUAUCAGCCACAGAUGCGUUCAUCACGCACAUGUUGAUGCUAAUGGGCAUAUAUAUCCGUGUUUAAAAAC